GUAUGGAUUCUUUCCCUUCCAAAUAUUUUCUCUCGCCUCGAUCUCACCGAAAACUUUACCAUCGCUCGCAGUCACAAGGACAUGGAUGAUAUGGACAUUGACGUUGUCGAAGAAGCCACUUUGUCCUCAUUCAACCCAAGAAUGGGGUCUAGAAGAAAGAAACAUACUCCGCCCGGGAGCAAUCCUGGUCCCCGUACUUUUGGCCGGAAUGGUGUUGCAAUUGAUGACACUGAACAACAACAAAGACGAGCAAGAUUAGUGCAGCUGAUAAACGAGACCCUUGAAACUGAGCAUUCAUCACAGGCCCAGAAUGAAGUUUUACCAUCUGAACAGAAUGGAGGUUCUAAUGAGGGUAUUAGAAGUGGAAGAUCAUUUGAAAGAAGCUUAAAACAUCCUGGGCAUGCUCACUAUCACCAUCGAGACAAGGGUUCAUGGAAAAAGAAAGGAAAUGACCAGUGUCCUGUCUUUGAUGGAGGUGAUUUUAUAUUAAAGUCUAAAGAAAGAAGGGGAAAAAACAAGGGAAUUGUUUUGAGCAGCGAUCCGUUUCAGCACAAUGUGCCUUGGAAGGACGAAGGGCAGAGGAGAUUGGUAUAUGGCGGUCAUCUUGCUCCUUGUAGUUCAGCAAAGAGCCGAAUGUCAUCUGAGGUUGAUUGUCAAGGUAGGAGUUUCCUUUCUGAGGGAGAGACAUGCUCAUCAUUUACGAAAGUCAACGACAAAAUGAAGAUGAAAGUAGUAGAUUCUCCUAGUUUAUCUUUAUCAAAACCCAAAACCUGUCUGGGUCACCAAAAAUGCUCUUUUCCACCUGAGGGCAGUGUUUAUGUUUCCAACCGAGAAGAAGGCACCUCAGGCCACUUAUCUGAUCGAAGACAUAAAAUCACAAUUGACAGUGGAGACUAUGUUCAUGUCGAUGACAGUGUGGAAAUAACCGCCUCUGGUAGGUUGAAUCCAAAUGCAGUACUGGCAACAUCAGAUUCAGAAGCUAGAGACAGAAGUAAGCAGAUACUGGGAAUGAAAGUGAAAGGACAAAGGAAAUGCAGCUUGGCCUGUUCUAAUUAUGGCAGAAGCUCCAGUUUGGACUCUGAGAACUCUGAAAUGUUAGAUCUUGAAUCACCUGGGCCCAUUCCGUAUACAAGAUCAGCAAGGACUUAUGAUUCUCAGAAUCAUGUUCAUAUUUUGGACCCAGUUGCGGAAGUCGAUGAGCUAGAAUCACCAAAAAGAGGUAACAAGUUUCAGGAACAGAGUAGCAGAGAUCCUGAUCUCUCAGCUUCAAGAGCUAGCCAGGUUGAAUCUGAUGAGAUGCUCGCUCGUCUACUCCAAGAACAGUUUAAUGCAGAAAUUGCAGGGUCAGCUAGCACAGAGGAGAUAGAUGCAACUAUAGCAUGGUCAUUGCAACAAGAGGAUGCUCGGUCGGCUGCUUCUACUACAAGGACUUUCCAGUCAGAUCAUAGGGAAACGUCAAUGGCUCAUUUAUAUGAAUAUUACGCACAACUUCCCUAUCGAAACUCUGCUACGGGAUUGUCAGAUCGUGCAUCAAACAGGAGGAGAAAUUAUGGUUCAGACAUUGAUUUAGAGAGAAGGAUGAUAGCUGAAGUGAGAAAUUUUACAGGGAUGGAUCCGGGGAUGAAGCGUGACUUCUUGGAAGCAUUGGAAGCUGCAUUUGACCACAGCAAUGAUGAACUUUCUGAAAGUGGUCUAGUUACUCAUCACGAGUUCAACGAGAGUGACUAUGAGAUAUUGUUGGCCCUCGACGAGAACAAUCAUCAACAUCUUGGUGCUUCUGAAAGUGAGAUCAACAACUUGCCACAAUCAAUAAUUAAGAGUGAUAACGUUGGAGAAGCAUGCGCUGUCUGCCUGGAAAACCCCACUGCUGGAGAUACUAUCCGUCAUUUGCCGUGUUUUCAUAAAUUCCAUAAAGAAUGCAUUGAUACUUGGCUCAAGAGGAAGACAUGGUGUCCAGUAUGCAAGUCUGAAAUUACUUAAUGCUGAAGAGGCUUCUGAAAUUUUUUGUUUUAGGAUGAAUGCUUCGCUGAUUCUAUGCUGAAAGUAAAUUUUGCUGGAAGCUUUGCUAUUUUUGGGGAUGAACCCUUCUUCAACUCUUUGCUAACUUUUCUGGGAUGCUAUGGUGGAAGUUUGAAGGAAGUUUUCUUCUUUUCUUGGUGGAUAAAUAUGGUUGGGAUCUUAAUGAUUAGCUUAGUACUGUGAAUAUAUAAUACAAUGAAGACUUGUGAGGGAAGAAACUUUCUUUCUUUGCUUGCUUUAUAUGAAAAUUUCAAAUGUUUUGCAUGCAAA